AGAAGUAGGUGUCAAAUGGUGCUUCGAUUUUGAUAUUUCUAAUUUACCGAUUUUGAUUCAAAAUAUCUUACGAGGAAUAACUGAACUCGUUCAUCUUCGUUCAAGAACUCGUUCAUAAAUGUAGAGGUAUUUACUUUAGCAGCUUUUGUUAAUCAGAUAAAAAAAAAGUGCUUGUAAAUCCUUAAUAAAUCUGCUUAACUUGAGAUAGAAAAUUGUGCAAGUAGUGUAUUUUAACGAAUAUGGAUGUGACUCAACCAAAAAUACUUGGUCAAUUUUGUGAAAGGUGUAAUUCUAAUGUUAUUUGAUACUUUUUUCUACUAAAAUUUUAAAAUAAAUAUCUGUUAUGGGUGUAUCGAAGAGAACUGCAUUAAAAAGAAGAAAAAAAGAUGAACAACGUAGACCAUUGGUUUCAAAUGAAGCGAUUAAGGAGAAGACAGUGGCCAUAAUGCUCUUCUUCGGUAUUUUCUUCUCCUUGGCUGCUGUCAUCUGCUACGUUAUAGUAGUCUCAACUGCCGACAAGCCUGUGAAAUCUUCUAAACCACAUGUCAUCUUCGUCUUUGCUGAUGAUCUAGGAUGGAAUGACGUCAGUUUUCACGGAUCACCACAAAUUCCAACCCCCAACUUGGACGCUCUGGCAGCGUCAGGAAUUCUACUCAACAACUACUACGUAGAACGUCUUUGUUCACCUUCCAGAGCUGCUCUGCUUACGGGAAAAUAUCCGAUGCGUUUAGGAUUACAGCAUCAUGUCAUCAGAGCCUGCGAACGUACGGCCCUUCCUGUAGAGGAGAAAAUAAUGCCUCAAUAUUUCAAAGAAUUGGGAUAUGCUACUCACUUGGUGGGAAAGUGGCAUUUAGGUUAUAGAAAGAAAGAAUAUACACCUGCUUAUAGAGGAUUUGAUAGUUUCUUCGGAUAUUACAAUGGCUACAUAGAUCACUACGACUACACCCAUUUUACUCAUUCAAGAACAACAUUCCCUAAGUUCUUUUAUGGGGUCGACUUGCAUAACGCAACGGGAGAAGUCAAAGACGUUCGAGGUCAAUAUGCAGCUGAUUUGUUUACAGAAAAAGCAAAGAACAUUAUUCAAAACCAUGACGUAUCAAAGCCACUUUUCCUCUAUCUUGCUCAUUUAGCAGUGCACACAGGAAAUGACCAAAUGCCUCUGCAAGCCCCUCACGAUCUAGUGAACCAGUUCGGCCAUAUCAAAAAUGACUCGAGAAGAACUUUUGCAGGCAUGGUCUCAGGGUUAGACAGAUCAGUCGGCGAUGUGUUCCAGGCCCUUCAUGACAAAGACAUGCUCUCCAACAGCAUUUUUAUUUUUUCCUCUGACAAUGGUGGAGAAACAAAUGAAACCAUUGGUGGCUUCAGUUCCAACUAUCCGUUGCGUGGCAAAAAAUAUCAUGUUUGGGAAGGUGGUGUCAGAGUCCCUGGCUUCAUCUGGAGUCCGCUAUUCGAACUUCAAGAACCUCGAGUCUCAAUGCAGCUGAUGCAUAUAACAGAUUGGCUUCCUACACUCUAUUCUGCUGCUGGAGGAGAUGUAGAACGUCUGGGAAAUAUAGAUGGUCAAAGCUUAUGGAAUACAUUACUAAAUAAUACCCAAUCUCCACGUCAGGAGAUACUUCACAACAUCGAUCCCAUAGAUAACGUCUCUGCUCUCAGGAGAGGAGAUUUCAAACUGAUCUUUGGAAAGUUGCCGGCGGGAGUGGAAACCUGGACCGGCCGUCGAGUUCUUGAAGACAUGAAGCAGCCAGAAUCCAUGGAUGAGUGGGUUUUCAAGAACGGAAGUAAAACCAGGGAUAUCUUACUCCAGAUAGGGUCCUAUUUGCCAAAGGUUCCAGACAAAUGGAGACAUGGAAGUGAAGUUCGCUGUAAAGGCGGACCCGAGACCUCCAACGAAUGCAAACCAGCCGAGACGCCUUGUCUCUUCAACAUAGCUGAAGAUCCAUGUGAAACUACCAAUGUUGCUGAUUUGCAUCCUGAUGUAGUGCAAUCAAUGCUUGAUGCUUUAAUAGAUUAUGAGAAGCUGGUUGUGAAGCCACAAUUCCAAGAUCCAGAUCCAUAUGGAGAUCCGAUGUGCCAUGGAUUCACAUAUGUGCCGUGGAUGGAUCCUGAACACACUUCCGACUGUCCAUUUCGGUGACACUGUUAAAGCUCUAAGUUUAACUUAUUCCUUGUAAGAAAACGGGGAAACUGGAAACUUAUCCACCAGGGAUAAGUCAUCGGUGCUUUAUUUAUUUAUGAAUGCGUUUGCCCUAAGUUUGGUGUGAACUUUGAAACCAAAAUGGGAUACAAAAAACAGAAAUUUUUAUACUAAGAAUCAAAUUGUACAAAUUGUUUUUGGAUUGUGUAUGAAAACAUUUCACUUUUCCCGACGCUACCUGAAAUCCGCCAAAUCACCAAGGUAUUGGAAAAGAAGCUUCAGUCUGAAGAUUUCUAUCUCAAUAAAAUGCAAAAGAAUACAAAAACAAUAUUGCCUGAAAACAAUGAUUUGAGUCCAGUUAUUGUCUGAAAUCCAAUGAUUUUUAGUUUUAAAAAAGCAUAUUAUUUCUAGAGAUAUUAUCAGCGUAUAAUCUUAAUAAGAUAUGUAAACUGUGCUGAAACUCUCUCUCUCUCUCUUAAAUUGUCUUACAAUUGAUUCAUUUUUAAAUUGAAGUAUACAUUGAAAAGAUUAAACAGAAUUUAAACUUCACAAUGAAGAAAGACAGUGAAGCGAUGGGACAGUGUUUUGAAAAAUGAAGAGACGAAGUUCGCUUUGCUUUGUAGAAAUGGUAUGCAUAAAUAAGAAUGGCAGGUAAUCAUCGUUGUUGUAAAACUUCUAACUGGUAUUGCGUUCUAGGAUUUAUUGGCAUAAAAGGAUGUAGAGAAUAAAUAAGAUAAAUGGUCGGAAUAUUAAGCGAUAUAAAUAGUCACAAAUUCAUAAAUGAAACCCUUCAAUCCAAAUUGUAGUUUUCUUUAUACGGUAUUUUUAAAAUCACGAAGUCUUUAAUAAGGCGAUUCUCCAAGCCGCUUUAAAUACGGCCGAAUGAAAGUUUCAAGAUAGUCACAUUCUACUGCUGGAAAGGCGCAUUGCUUUCCUUAAUGUAAUAUUUCAAUAAACCAACCGAAGAACAUACCGGUUACAUAGAAAUAAAAUUCGAUGGAGUUACAAUUCUGUUAUGGUUUCAUUCGAAAGGUUGUAUUUAACUUUAUGGUUCCACAAUUAAGUAUCAUCUUACAUGGUAAAAAUUUUUUGUUUAUUUUUUAUUUAUAUUGUUUUUGUAUGAAUGUUUUUUUUUAUAAAUGCUUUUUCUAAU